AUGAUAAAAGCCCCAGAUUUCGACCACGUUGACCAAUACCUUUGGAACGCGAUGAGGGUGCUUGAGAUCUAUACUAGACCUCUGGUUACAAAAGAAAGUGUAUUCCUCUGGAUCGAUUCCUUUCGUCUUGAGAACAUCGACGUCAUCUACGAUUUACGCCUAGAUGGCGCGAAAGCUCGAAAGAAAUUGUUCGAUUACCUCGAAGAGAGGCAUCCUGGUGGCGAAUCCAUAUGGCACAGCCUCGUGCAGAACUUCCACAGCCAUGAUGUAGUCAAAUUUCCAGAGUACGCUACUCGACCACGCUCAAUCGAAACCAUUACUACCUGGGUAUAUUUCUUCACAGAAGCUCGACAGGGUGUUCUACUGAAGGGAAUGGACUUCGACGCAUUAGUCCUCGAUGAAGCUGUAGCAGCUGUAGCAGCGGAGCAAAAGAAACCGAAAAAGAAGAACAAGCCGAGGAAACGUAAAGGUGCCAAAUCGGGGGAGCUGCCUGAUGAGAAGGAGCUGCCAGUUGCUCAAGAGAAGUGCACAUCUCAAGACCUUCCUGUGUCUCUUGAACAACCUCCACAGAGGGACGACACGACACCGCAAGAGGAGUCUGUAACUCAAGAACAACACACAUCCCCAGAGCAAGCUCUACCCCAGGAAGAGCCCCAAACCAAAAAGCAGCGCUUAUCUCGAGAGCUAUCGACUACGCCUAUACCUUGUGGACCUACACCCUUUUCAACGCUGGAAGAGAAGGAGAAGAGCGAGCAGAAGCAGUCAACAGAGCAGUUAAAGAAGCAAAGAAAGAAGCAAUCGAGAUGGGAGAAGAAACAUGGCAAGGCAGGAAAAUCCGACGCUAACAAGCAAGCAGCCUCAAUCACGGUGGAGGAGUCUUCGCCAUCCGUUGUCGCGAAGGCCGAUGACGGUGGUGACAGUGUUACUGGAAACGCCAACAAGGAUAACGACGGUGUUAUUGGCAGCAGUGUUAUCAACGACGGUGGUGACCUUGGUGGCCACUUGUCUGCGGCUGAUUCGGUUCCUAGCGAUGAAGCGCCUACCAAUCAAGAGACGGUUCAAGAGCAUCCAAGCAACAGGUACGAAGUUUUGAUGGCCAAGCCGUCGAAACACGCUGGGAAGUCCACCGGAAAGCUAGCGUUCCAUGCCGAUAGUGAAGAUGACAUGAAGAAGGCCAUGGAGGAGAGUCUUCUGAACGACCCGGGUAGUUGGUCAAAGGUGCAAGGGCGCGCGAAAGUGCGACCAAAGCAGAAGCAGAAACAGCGCACCGACGAUCGCAAGAGUAUCCAAGAUGCGUACAGAGAGAGAGGCUAUGCAACUGCUGUUACCGAUGCACAGUUGGACAGGGCAAGAGCUGAAGUGAAAUCGAGAGAGGCACGGGCGGACUAUCUCAGAUCAAAAAUAACGAGAUUGUCUGCUCUGAUACCAGGUGAGGGCAGCGCCGAAUCAAUCAAAGAACACAACAGUACCGCUUGCGGGCAGCCUACAUCCUGGUCAGCGCUUUUCAAACCUACGGAGAAUGACACGGGGCGCAACCCUCCUCAAGAAGCCGCUCCGUCUACGAAUGCUGUCGACACGCGACCGCGUACCGCAACUGCCACGGAGAACCGUGAACCCAUUCAAGAGAGCGCACAAUCUGCGAGCCAUCACAUUCUUGCGCAAUCAGAACCACCCGUAAGGCAAGAGCAAUUCAAGGACUCAAAGCCAUCCAAGGUUGUUGCCGGCGCGGCAUCGACUCCCACAUCAGGCACAGAGAACAGUGAGUCUAUCAAGGAGACCGUACGGUCUGUGAGCCAUCACACGACUAUGCAAUCAGAACCACCAGUUCAUCAAGAGAGUCUCAAGGAUCUGAAGCUGUCUAAGGACGUGGCGGGCGCAGGAUCGACUUCCACGUCAGGCACGGAGAAGAGCAAUUCCACCAAGGAGACAGUACAGCCUGUAGAUUCUCAGAAUGUUGCGGAGCAAGAAGGUCCGGCAGAUAAGGGGGCAUCCGGGGACUUUACACCAUCUGAAGAUGCUGCGGGUGCGGGAUCGACUUCCACAUCUGGCAUAGAGAACAGCAGUCCGAUCAAGGAGACGGUACUGCCUGCGGAGCCUCAAGAUAUUGCGCAAUCGGAGCAUCCGGUAGAGAAGAAGGAAUCCAGGGACCUCGCGCCAUGCGAAGAUGCUGCUGGUGCAAAAUCAACUCCUGCGCCCAGCGCAAGGAACGAAGGCUCCACGACAGAGAGCGCACAAACUGUCGACCCUCACUCGUUUGCGCAGACAAGCAUACCGAUGGAUGAGGAGGCUCCCGAACCUCAUCAUAGUCGUGAGGCCAGCUCGCCGCCACCUGCGAAUUCUCACGCUCCUGCGCAACCGCAAUCGUCGCUGGAUGAAGAGGCCUCCAAAGACUACGACGGUCAUGAGGACGACAUAGAGUCGCUUCCGAAAGUCAGUACCCCAAACCAGCCGUUAGUUGUGGUCGACUCGGCUGUGUCGCAUGUGGAGCAGUGGCUUGCAAGCAAAUACUCGGCUGCCUUCGCCGGGCUCACGCAGGCGGAAAUAGACAAUGCGCACUGGCGCCCUCAGGACUCGGAAGUGACUUAG